GCUCCCCGCCCUGGCUGCGCGCUCCGGCAGCGAUUGAGCGGCCUGGCCCCGCUGUGCCCUGCAGCCCCCCGGUGUCCAUGGGGCUGCUGUCGGACCCGCAGUGCCGGCGGGCGCUGGCCCGGCUGCUGCUGCGCCUCAACACCCUGCUCUGCGUCCUGAGUUACCUGUCGGGGCUCACCUGGUUCCUGCUGUUACCUGCCCUGGCCCCCCGCACGUACCUGUCCGAGAACGCCAUGGGCUCCACCAUGGUGGGGGAGGGCUCCGACCUCGGGGCCCGCGCGCUGGGGCUGGCCCGGGACUUCGGGGGGCACAAGAGGAAAGCGGGGGCCAUGCCGGUGCAGUGGCUGGAGCAGACCAUGUUCCAGCUGGGGCUCGAGGUCCAUCGCCAGCCCUUCAGCCGCACGCUGCCCUUCCCCGACGAGGCCCACGAGCGCUACCUGGUGCGGGGCACCAACGUUUUCGGGGUGCUGCGCGCCCCCCGCGCUGCCAGCACCGAGGCGCUGCUGCUGCUGGUGCCCUGCUCCGAGGGCAGCAAGAACAACCAGGCCGUGGGGCUGCUGCUGGCCCUGGCGGGCUACUGCCGCGGCCAGGUGUACUGGGCCAAGGAUCUCAUCUUCCUGGUGACCGAGCACGACCUGCUGGGGACACAGGCCUGGCUGGAGGCCUACCACGAUGUCAACCUGACUGACAUCCACUCGGGGGGGGUCCCAGGCCGGGCAGGGGCCAUCCAGGCCGCACUGGCCCUGGAGCUGAGCUCGGACGUGGUGACCAGCGUGGACGUGGCCGUGGAGGGGCUGAACGGGCAACUGCCCAACCUGGACCUGCUGAACCUCUUCCACUCCUUCUGCCUCAAGAGCGGCCUGCUCUGCACCUUCCAGGGGAUGGCCCUGAUCGGCAUCUACGUGGCUGGCAUGGCCCUGCCCCACAGCACGCACAGGGCUCUCUCCGGGGGUGGCCAGCGGGGCUGGAUGUCCCUCAAGCUGGUGGCCCUGCUGGCCCUGGCGCUGCUCCUCUCCUGCCUGGCCCUGCUCAACUUCUCCCUGGGCUUCCUGCUGGGCGCCACCCUGGUGCCACCUGCGGCCGCCGUCAGACCCGGGGGCAACAGGCUGCCCCUGGCCGUGCUGCUGGUGCUGACCACGCCGGGGCUGUCGCUGUUCCUGGGGUGCUGUGGGUGGCUCCAGGGUGGUCGCAGGGGUCCCAGGGUGGUCCUAGGGUGGUCCCUGGUGGUCUCAGAGUGGUCCCAAGGGUCUCUAAGCCCCCUCCCCUCCAGGCUGCCCCUGGCCGUGCUGCUGGUGCUGACCACGCCGGGGCUGUCGCUGUUCCUGGCCGUGCUGCUGGAGCGGGAGCUGCUGGAGGCGCCGGCGGGGCUGGGCGAGGCCUGGCAGCGCUUCCUGGGGGCGCUGGGCCAGGGGCUGCUGCAGGAGCACCUGCACGGGGCUCACCUGAGCCCCCUGCUCUGCCUGGGCGCCUACCCCUGCUGGCUGCUGCUCUGGAACGUGCUCUUCUGGAAGUGAGGGAUGGACAGACGGACACAGGGACAGAGCCACGGACCCCUCCCCUGAGCCCCCUGCACGGGGCACACCUGAGCCCCCUGCUGUGCCUACCCCUGCUGGCUGCUGCUCUGGAACAUGCUCUGCUGGAAGUGGGGGAUGGACAGACGGACACGGGGACAGAGCCACGGACCCCUCACCUGAGCCCCCUGCUGUGCCUGGUGUCCCACCCCUGCUGGCUGCUGCUCUGGAACGUGCUCUUCUGGAAGUGAGGGAUGGACAGACAGACAGACACGGCGUGGACACAGGGACAGAGCCACAGACCCCUCCCCUGAGCCCCCUGCUCUGCCUACCCCUGCUGGCUGCUGCUCUGGAACGUGCUCUUCUGGAAAUGAGGGAUGGACAGACGGACACGGGGACAGAGCCACGGACCCCUCCCCUGAGCCCCCUGCUGUGCCUGGUGUCCCACCCCUGCUGGCUGCUGCUCUGGAACGUGCUCUUCUGGAAGUGAGGGAUGGACAGACGGACACACGGACAGACCCACGGACCCCUCACCUGAGCCCCCCCGUGCCUGGGGGCCUAUCCCUGCUCUGGAAUGUGCUCUGCUGGAAGUGAUGGAUGGACACACGGACACCGGGACAGACAGACGCGGCAUGGACACAGGGACAGAGCCACGGACGCGUCUCCAGCAGGGACAGGCCCAUGGACAGUCCCGCAGAGGGACCCAUGGACAGUGACAGCCCCGGAUGGACACACGGACGCACGGACAGACA